CCGAUGACACAGAUAGAAAGGGGGAAGAGAUCCUACACAGUGAGUAUACGGAGUUAGGGAAGAGGCCAAAGAACAGGACCUCCAAGGUAGUAAUCUCUGUAUUAUUCCCAGUUCCAUGUGCUAUUCAGGACAGUACAGGAUGAUGGUACAGAUGAAUGAGUGGCUGAGGAACUGGUGCAGGGGGCAAGGUUUCAGAUGGUGUAGGUGAAGAGGCAGCUAGUGUUGAGGAAGCAGGGAGUUUGCAGAAGGACUUAGACAAAGUGUGAGAAUGGGCAAAGAAAUGGCAGGUGGAAUAUCAUGUACAGAAGUGUAUGGUCAUGCACUUGGUCAAAGGAAUAAAGGUGGAGACUGUUUACUAAAUGGGGGAGGGGGAUUUCAAAAAUCAGAUGUCCAAGGACUUGGGAGUCCUUAUGCAGGAUUCCCUAAAAAUUAACUUGCAGGUUGAGUCGGUAGUAAGUAAGGCAAAUAUAAUAUUAGCAUUCAUUUCAAGAGGACUACAAUAUAAGAGCAAGGAUAUGAUGCUGAGGCUUUAUAAAGUAUUUGGUCAGACAACACUUGGAGUACUUUGACCAGUUUUAGGCCUCUUAUCUCAGAAAAGAUGGGCUGGCAUUGGAGAGGGUCCAGAGGCGGUUUGCGAGAGGCGAUUCUGGGAAAGAAAGGGUUAACUUAUGAGGAACAUUUGAUGGCUCUGGGCCUGUACUUGCUGGAAAUUAGAAGAAUGAGGGGGGAUUUCAUUGAAACCUAUUGAAUAUUGAAAGGCCUAGAACAGAGAUGAGGAGGAAUUUCUUCAACUAGAGGAUGGUGAAUCUGUGAAAUAAUUGCCAAAGACAGCUGUGGAAGCCUAGUCAUUGGUACAUUUAAAGUAGAGGUUGACAUGUUCUUGAUUAAUGAAGGUGUCAAAGGUUUUGGGGAUUAGGCAGGAGAAUGGGAUUGAGAGGGACAAUAAGUCAACCAUGAUGGAAUGGUGCAGCAGACUCAAUUUGCCAAAUGGCCUAAUUCUGCUCUGUUGAGAUUUCCAAACAAUUGGAUAGUGGAUUAUUGGAGUUUUACUGCAGUUUAUGGUACGUGACAGCAGUAUUUAGUUAACAAAUUUACAUCGCUUAUUAUGAAUUUGAAUUAGAUGUUGUUAUUGACUUGGCAUAUCAAUAUUUUAACUGAUUUAUGUGAUAUUGACAAAAUAAAUAUAAGCAGUUCAUUUAGUUCAUGUUAUUGACCAGCUUGUGUUAGGAUAAACUAUACUCAUCUUUAGUUACAGGAGACUGGAUAUAAAGCAGCGUAACUUCAAUACUUUUAAUUUUCUGAAUAGGAAAUUAUAUGAUGAAUAAUUUAUAAUGUGCAUCAGUAUGUUUGUUGAUUUAUUUAGAGAGAGAGCGUGGAACGGGCCCUUCUGACCCAACGAAGCACACCACCCAGCAGCCCACUUAUUUAGCCCUAGCCUAAUCACAUGGCAAUUUACAAUAACCAUUUAACCCACUAACCAGUAUAUCUUUGGACUGUGGGAGGAAACCAGAGCACUCGAAGGAAACCCACAUAUUCACAGAGAGGAUUGUACAUACUCCUUACGGACAUGGAGCCAGAAUAGAAAUCUGAACUCCGACACCCCAAGCUGCGAUAGCGUUGCACUCACUGCUACGCUUUCUUUGAGGUGUACUUCGUUAAAAUAAAAAGUAUUUGAAAAUACGGAGGAUUAUUAACAUUAUUAGGAUUAGAUGGUAAGAGUUGGGAUUGAUUAUUUUAGACAUUGAUUUGGCGAGCAUUCAGAUGUCGUGAUGCACAGUAUAAUUCACAUGAAAUAGACUGACUAGGAAGUGAACUCUUGAUUCUUUUUGAAAUGUUGGAAUCUGUUAGCAUUAUAUUUUCUAAAGCUUUCUGAGGAUUAAUUUUUAUCAUUUAAGCCAAAUGCCAUAUUAAGCACUCUGAUGAUUGUAAAAUGGGAAAUGAUAGCAGGUGCAUAGAUAUAUAUAUAUAUAGCUCGGGUGCCUGAGACUUUUGCACUGUACUGUAUUUGUCAACAUGGAGCAGAGAGUGAGUUUUAAAUCUGACUGGAGCUAAGGAAGGUGGAGUGCCACACAAGGGGUGUGGGGCAGGGGACAGAGAAGAAGUGCAGCUGCAGACACACCCAGCCCUGAGACACCAGGCAAGGUCAUUUGAUUUCAAACAAUUGGUUUAUUGAUCAUUACAGAAUGUCUCUCUGAUGCUUCCCGCUCCCUUCCCUCUCCCUCCCCCUCUUCCCUGUAUUUGAUAAUAAAUUUACUUUGAACUUUGAUAAUGAUAGGGAGAGGAGUGAAUUGAGAAUGACAGGAUGUGGGAAUAGCCCUUGAGGUGAAGAGUUGUCUUGGUAAAAUGGGGGAAGCAGCUGAGGCAUUUAUUGAAAGACAGGCUAAACAACAGGUAGUGAAUAAGUGAAGGAUCCUGGGAGCGAAGAACCUAGAAUUAUAGAAUCGUCUAUAGUUCCAACCGUAAAAAGCAGGAUUUCCUGGUGGCCAACCAUUUUAAUUCCAAUCCCCAUACCUCAGGCCACUCUCAGGUUGGAGGAGCAGCACCUCAUAUUCCAUCUAGGUAGUCUUCAAGCUGAUGGCAUGAACAACUCCCUGCCGUAAACCUCCAGGCACCGUCAACUUGCCGAUGCCUUGGAAGCAGCCAACACUGAGUUCAUCCAUCCGAAAACUUCGAGCCUCUGACCAGCCUCUCUGAUACAGCCUCCCAAGCGCCAUCCUCUGCCGAGUGCCUUCGACUUAGCCCCGGCCACUGAAACAACCAAAGCCAAGGAUUCAGGGCCUUCUGCUCUGGAGAUUCCGGUUACCACACAGUAGCAGCGGCAGCGAAGAAGGCAUUUCAGAAGUUUUCUAGUUGUUCCUCCGUACUCUCAUGUCUGUCUCCAUCAAAUCAGAAUUGUGCACGAUCCCCUCCUUGACAGAUUAUAAAUAUCAUUCACCGGAGAGACUGUGUGCGCUGCCGUCGCACCGCCAUCUUCUCCUCCAACUUCCAGUAAUUUUUCCCUUUCCCCCUUCCCUCUUCUUCCAUUCCUCACUCUGGCUCCCCUCUUAUCUCUUCUUUUAUAGAUUAUGAGGACACUCAGUCCUCAUUUAUUAUCAUUUAGAAACACAUGCAUUAAGAAAUGAUACAAUGUUCCUCCAGAAAGAUAUCACAGAAACACAGACAGACCAAGACUAAAACUGACAAAACCACAUAAUUUUUACAUAUAGUUACAGCAGUGCAAAGUAAUACUGUAAUUUGAUAAAGAGCAGACCAUGGGCAUGGUAAAAAAAAGUCUCUAGCCCCAUCAUCUCACGCAGACGGUAGAAAGGAGAAACUCUCCCUGCAAUGAACCUCCAAGCGCCGCAAACUUGCCGAAGCAUUGGAAGCACCCGACCGCAGCCGACUCUAUGAGUCCGUCUGAUAACUUCGAGCCUCCGACCAGCCCUCCGACACCGAGCACUGAGCACCAACCUCUGCCAAGCACUUCGACCCCACCCCAGCCGCCGAGCAACAAGCAAAGCCGAGGACUCGCGGCUUUCCCCUCCGGAGAUUCUGGAUCACACAGUAGCAGCGGCAGUGAAGCAGGCAUUUCAAAAGCUUCACCAGAUGUUCCUCCGUGCUCUCACAUCUGUCUCCAUCAAAUCAGGAUUGUGCACGGCACCCUACUUGACAAAUAACAGACAUCACCACCGGAGUGGCCGCUGCGAGUUGCGUUGUGCCGCCAUCUUCUCCUCUCCAAUCUUUUCUCCUUACCUGCCUAUUACCUCCUGGUGUCUCUCCUCCUUCCUUUCUCCCAUGGUCUACUCUCCUUUCCUAUCAGAUUCUUUCUUCUUCAGCACUUUACCGUUUCCACCUAUCACCUCCCAGAUUCUUACUUUAUCUUCCCCACCCCCACCCCCACCCACCUGGCUUCACCUGUCACAUUUUAGCUUGUAUUCCUUCCCCUCUCCCUACCUUCUUGUUUCAGCAUCUUUCCCUUUGCUUAUCAAUCCUGAUGAAGGGUCUCGGCCCGAAAUAUCCACUGUGGAUUCAUUUCCAUAGAUGCUGCCUGCUGCUCUAGCAUUUUGUGUGUGUUACUCUGGAUUUCCAGCAUCUGCUGAAUCGCUUGUAUUUAUUAUCGAGUCAUUGUAGUAAGAAAGUGUCAAUCCUCAGAAGUUAAAUUCAUCCUUCAGAGUGCUGCAGAUUUUGAUACCUUUAAAUAUUUAGUCAACUCCAUUAAAAAAACUGCAAUUGAUGAUUUUCACCCAGUACGUAUUAGAAUAAAAAACAACUUUUCCAAACAUUAUCCUUGGAUCUUUGGCCAAUCACAUUAAACCUUGAGUGUUCUAUAAUGUUUUUACUCAUGAGAACAGAUCCUCUCCAUUUGUUUCAACUAGUCCCAUUCACGAUUUGAUGCUCACUCCACUCAACUACUGCUUUCCAAAUGAAGCUCCUCUAGUCUGUCUUCAGAACUGAAAUCCCUCAUUUAUAUGUUCAUUCUAGUUUGUCUUAUCUAAGCUAUUCAGAUUCUUCUGAAAGUGCAGUGACCAGAGUUUUAAGCAGUACUCUUAAUUGUGGUUCAUUUUUGUCUGAAAGAUAAGCAAUCUGCUUCUUUUUUUUUUAGCUCAAGGCCACUUAUGCUUUUUUAACUGUUAGACUCAGUGUUCUGUACAGUUGCUCUAGAAUAUUCCUUUCCAAGACCAUUCGAAGCCCUGGAGUACAAAAAACUAUAUUCAAGAAAUGAGCAUCACAAUGAAACCUUGCUUGUAUUACCCAACCCUGAAUGCCCUUUCACAACUAGUGGUGCUCCACCCCUUUUGAUACUCCGAUCUGCAUUCUAUGUGCUGGUGGUUGAGGCUGUGCAGGGAGGGGCAGACUGCUUCCCCUGUUAACAUAGCAUUCCCACAACUUACUAGCUUUAACAUUAACCGUACAUCAUUGAAAUGGAGAGGAAAUUGGAGCACACAGUGGAAACCCAUGUGGGGUCAAGGAGAACGUACAAAUUCCUUACAGGCAGUGAUGGGAAAUGAACCCUGAUUGAUGAUUACUGGCUCUGUAGAGUAAUUGCACUAACCGCUAUGCUACCUACUGUGGCAAGUACAAUGUUAGCAUUCAUUUUGAGAGGACUAGAAUAUAGAAGCAAGGGUGUAAUGCUGAGGUUUUAUAGAGCUUUGCUCAGACCACAUAUCAAUAUUGUGAGCAGUUUUCGGCGCAAUAUCUAAAAAAGGAUGUGCUGGCAUUGGAGAGGAUGCAGAGGAGGUUUGAUUCCGAGAAAUGAAAGGAUUAACAUAUGAGGUGUGUCUGAUGGCUCUAGGCCUGUACUCUCUGGAAUUUAGAAGAAUGAGGGGGAUCUCACUGAAACCUACUGAAUAUUGAAAGGCCUAGAUAGAGUGAACAUGCAGAGUGUUUUUCCAAUAGUGGCAGAAUCUAGGACCAGAGAUCACAACCUCAGAAUAGAACGACGUCCCUUUGAAACAGAGAUGAGAAAGAGUUUCUUUAGGCAGAGGGUGGUAAAUCUGUGGAAGUCAUUGCCACGGAAGGCUGUGGAAGCAAGGUAAUUGGGUACAUCUAAAGCAGAGAUUGAUAGGUUCUUGAUUAUUAAGGUACUCAUGCUCUGAAUUAGAUGCAAUUCUCCAUCUGAGGCUCACCAAUGAAUUGCAAAGCUUCCUUACUGUAUAAAUUAUUCCCCCGUUGAUUAGUUCAAAGGAUUCUGUGCUUUUUCCAAUUUCUCCUGUCAUUUUUAAAUGAUGUGCCUUUUAGAAUCAAGUAGAAAACUAUUUUGCUUAAAUCAUAUAUACUUUGGUUAGUAAUAGGAGUAUAUUUCCUUUUUUAAUUACCAAAGCAAAAAUGCAUAUAGCAUUUUUAAGCAUUUUUGAUGGGGCUUCAUGACUGUGUAGUGGUUAGCAUAGUGCUAUUACAGCUCCAGUGACCCAGGUUCAAUUCCCGCUGAUGUCUGCUAACAGUUUAUACCUUCUUUCUGUAACCACGUGGGUUUCCUUCUGGUGCUUCAGUUUCCUCACAAGUUCCAAAGACAUAUAGGUUCAUAAGUUGUGGGCAUGCUAUGUUGGCACCAGAAGCGUGGCGACACUUGCAGUCUGCCAACACUUCCUCAGACCAUGUUUUGAUGCUUUGGUAAACACGGGACAAUAAAAGAUCAUCUUUAUACUUCCUUCAAUGAUUAACUACAAUAUGAGACAUGAUUGAAAAUCAGAAUCAGAAUCGGGUUUAACAUCACCGGUAUAUGCCGUGAAAUUUGUUAACUUUGCGACAGCAGUACAAUGUGAUACAUGAUAAUAUAGAGAAAAAACUGAAUUACAUUAAGUAAAUAUAUGUAUAUUAAAUAGUUAAGAUAAGUAGUGUAAAAACAGAAAUUUUAAAAAGUAAUGAGGUAGUGUUCAUGGAUUCAAUGUCCACUUAGAAAUCAGAUGGCAGAGGGGAAGAAGCUGUUCCUGAAUUGCUGAGUAUGUGCCUUCAGACUUCUGUACCUCCUCCCUGGUGGAGAAGAGGGCAUGUCCUAGGUGAUGGGAGUCCUAAAUAAUUGAUGCCUCUUUUCUGAGGCAGCGGUCCUUGAAGAUGUCUUAGAUACUGUCAUUAUUCAGCACUUUUAUUUUGGAGUUUGCUGUCUAGAUUUGAUUGAUAGUGAAAUGAAAUAUGUCCGCAUCUACACUGCAGAAUGUGGUGCCUAGGACAUAUGGAACUGCACAUGUGAUUAUUAAUUUGUUGAUGUCAUCAUGCGACACCACAAGCGUUUGACCUAUUUUCAAUCAGCGUGCUUUCCCCUAGAGUUUUAUAUAUUGCAAAACUUUGUUUCAAAAGUACUAUUUAAUGCGGCAGCUGAAAUGCAAUGAAUGCAUUAAAAACUGGUAAUAUUACAGACUGCUAAUGGUAAUUAAGGAAAAAAGCUUAAUACAUUUUAUUGCAGAUGCUGGUUUAUAUUUUCACUUUGCAAUGACAUUAGCAAUAUGAUUAGAAACUGGAUCAGUCUACAUUGGUACUUUUAUUGGCUAACUGUGACGUUUCACCCCAUGGGAAAUAAAACUGAUAAAAUAAUAUUAAAGCUAUGUUUUAGAACCACUUUUGUACUGAUGUUAGAAUAUCUUCACAGUUGGUCAGGAUUGACCAUGGAUGUUACAGCCUAGCUGCCCACAUGAUAUGGGCAGUACGAUAUGGAGAGCAAGCUGUUACUCAUGUCGCCACUUCCCCUUCUCCACAUAGCUGAUGAACCCAAAGGAACGGCAGAGACCGAUACGGUUUGGCACCAGCAGUGUCGCAGGAGUUGCCGGUCAGCAUUGAACUCAAUGUAGGACUGCCUUAGGGACUCCAGCUCCGGAAUUUUCCCUCGAGGUUUACUCCCGUAGCCUUCCCUAUGAGUGGGUGUAGCCGUAAGGCAGUGGAGGAUUAAGAUCAGAGUUUUCCUUCUCCUAGAUGAGCUUUCAACCAUGGAUGACAAACCUUAUCUGCUCAAAGCGACUGGUUUUAAGGUGCCAGUAACCCACUUUUUUCCAUUCUCCUGUCAGUAGAAACAGCUGCUGGGCUUAGUAGCUAAACCACAUGUGAAGGCCAAGAGAUGGACUUGGUUGUCAGAGACUAUUUGAAAUGCAUGCCAUUGGAAGCAUUUAGUGGGAGCUUGCCCCCAUUACUAUCCCCAGCUACAAUAAUCUAAAGGAACCAAUGUUAGAAUAACUAAUGAAUGAAAAUACAGAAUUAUCUUUCCGAUACUUGGAUAUUUCAAUGCUUUAUAAAACCAGUUAAAGACUUCUGAAGAGUAAUCAUCAUUAUGAUGUAGGAAACCUGACAAACCAUCAGACUCUUGAACCAUUUAGCACAUCAAUAUGGUGCUACCACAAGAAAACAACAUCCAUCAUCAAGGACCCCUACCAUCUAGGCCAUACUCUCUUCUUGCUGCUAAAAUCAGGAGUGAGGUACAGGAGCCUCAGGUCCCUCACCACCAGGUUCAGGAAGUUAUUACCCCACAACCAUCAGGCUCCUGAACCAUCGUAGAUAACUUAAAUCACCUCAAAACUGAACUGAUUCCACAACCUACAGACUUAUUUUCGAGGACUACACUCAUGCCCUCAGAUUGAUUGAUUGAUUGAUUGGUUGAUUUACUUAUCUAUCCAGCAAUCUAUCCAUUCAUUAAUUUACUGUAUUUGCAGUUUGUCUUUUUCACAUUGUCAGUCUUUUUGUGUAGUUUUCCAUUGAUUGAAUUGUACUUCCUUUUUCUACUGUGAAUGCCUGCAAAAAAUGAAUCUAAAGGUGGUAUCUGGUGACAUAUACAUUGGUACUUUGAUAAUAAAUGUAUUUUGAUUUGAUUUGAUACAGAAACUGGAACCAAUUUUCAUGCAGAAAAAUCCAUGAAAGUGUCAUGCAAUAAAUACCAGCAAGCAAUUUUUAAAGAUAUGUUUACUGAGCAGCCGGUGCAGAUCACAAGUCCUGGUUAUGUGACCACUGACGCCAGGCAGACAAUCUCUGAAGAGUAUUGAUAAUGGCUGGGGCCACCCGUCUUGUAAAGACACUGCCCAGAAGAAGGCAAUGGCAAACCACUUCUGUAGAAACAUUUGCCAAGAACAAUCAAGGUCAUGGAAAGACCAUGAUCACCCACAUCAAACAACACAAAACAUGAUGAACGGUCGAUGUUUAUUGAAGAAUAAAUGUUGGCCAGGACACUAGGCAGAACAACCCUGUUCAUCAAGAUAGUGUUUUAUUGUCUUUCACGUCCCCUUGAGAAUACAGGUAGGGCUUUGGUUUAACACCGCAUUCCCCCAUUCCACGGAGGUAUAGUGCAUCAGCUUACAUUUGUUUUCCAUAGUUUUUUGAAUGAGAUUUGUCCUUACAUCUUUAUAAACCUGGGUGAAAGUGCUGCCACAACCGAUCUGUUGUGAUUCUACUCUGGUUAUUUGUUUACCUGUAACCUACACCGGUUUAAAAAAACAUUGUGUUCAAUUCUGAUCUUCUUAUUAUAGGAAGGAUGUGGAAGCUUUAGAGAGGGUGCAGAGGAUGCUGCCUGGAUUAGGGAGCAUGUCUUAUGAACAAGCUAGAGCAAGCUUGAGCAAGCUAGAACAAGCUUGAGCAAGCUAGAGCUUUUCUCUUUGGCGAAAAGGAGGAUGAGAGGAGACUUGUUAGAGGUGUAGAAGAUGAUAAGAGGCACAGAUCAAGUGAAUGGCCAGGGACAUUUUUCCCAGGGAGAAAGUGGCUAAUACCAGAAGGGCAUAAUUUUAAGGUGAUUGGAGGAAAUUAUAGGGGGAUGUCAGACGCAAGUUCUUUACACAGAGUGGUGAAUGCAUUGAAUGCCAUGCCUGGGGUAGUGGUAGGGGCAGACACAUUAGGGACAUUUAAGAGACUCUCAGAUAGGCACAUGGAUUAAAAAAAAUGGAGUGCUAUGUCGGAGGAAGGGAUUAGAUUGAUCUUGAGUAGGUUAAAAAGUCGGCGCAACAUCGCGGGCUGAAGUGCCUAUACCAAUAUUCUAUUGUCCUUAUAGAAACAUCCACUGUAUUUGUCAUUUUAUUUCAGAUGAUUGGCGUAGUUGGUUCAAUAUAUCUUAGUUCUUCUGCCUUUCUGUAAAAAAAGAGCAAAUUAUAAAAGUUUUCUACCUCUUUCAGCUUUAAACCUUAUCAUUAUAUUAGUGACAAAGUCAGCGGUUAUAUACUCCACAUUUGAGACUGAACUUUUUCUUCUUAAUUGAUACCAUUUUAACCCUAACAGGAAAAAAAGUAAUGAGUCUGUUUGCAUUCUUUGCUACAAUGUAGACAGGAUUUGGGAGCAGUCUGUAGCCCAUGUGCUGUUCCAGUAUUUCCGUCACACAUUUCCCCUGUCAGUUGGAAUGUUUACUGGCAGGGAGUCUCCUCUUCUUCCCAUUUUAGCCUGCUGUGUAAAGCACUGCCGUGAUGUUUUCAAUCUGAUUUAGGGAGGGAAAAAAGAGCCUCCUGCUAGCACUACUGCUUUGUGUUAGGGAAAGCGGAUAACAGGAACGAGCGUUGUAACCUGCUGCUUGCUUUUAAAUGUUUUAUUUGAUUGGUACAUUUCAACUUUGUGUUCACAGUAAUGCUUUGGCAGUUCCCCUGGUGCAGAGUACUGGAAGUUUAUUUUUUGCUUUCCUCGUUGGCUGUGGAUGGGAUGAUCAUUAGGAGACUGAUGUAUGCUCUUCCGCACAGCAGAUAGACGGCUUUAGCCCUGGGGAGAGGGGGAGGCUACUAACUGACUGCAAAUUAAAACCCGUAUAGGGAUAUAGGUCUGCGUGGCUUGGUAAUACACUCUGACGGCUCGGAGGCAUCUUUCUCACAGAUGAAUGGCGUGGCUUUCUAUCUCGUUGGAAUUCCGCCCUACGUGGAGGCACAAACUAAAAGCCAGCAAGAUGAGAGAUCCCCCAGUGAAAAUGCUAACACGGUGCAGGAUGAAAUAUUUUCAUGGCCUGGCCCAAAGACUGUGCUACUUCACAAGAACUCUCAAGGGUUUGGUUUUACAUUGCGGCACUUCAUUGUCUACCCUCCAGAGUCAGCUGUGCAUCCAAGCUUUAAGGAUGAAGAAAAUGGAAAUGGAAAAGGGUUUCAGAAAGGCCAGACAGAACCUAUGGAUACCAUUUUUGUUAAAAGUGUGAAGGAAGGGGGAGCAGCGCAUCAAGCUGGGCUAUGUACAGGAGAUCGAAUUGUAAAGGUGAAUGCAGAGAGUAUAAUUGGCAAAACAUAUUCUCAAGUGAUUUCCCUGAUUCAAAACAGUGAGGAUGUAUUGGAACUCUCAGUUAUGCCCAAAGAUGAAGACAUUUUGCAGGUGGCUUACUCUCAGGAUGCUUACCUGAAGGGUAAUGAUCCUUAUUCUGGGAGCGCUCGUCACAUACCAGAGCCGCCACCUGUGUGCUACCCUAGACAUUUGCCUACAGCACAGACCAAGGAGCCUUUGCUGACUGCUUCAUCUCGGGGAAUGCUGGUGGACAACAGGAAUUACAAUGCCAGCUCGUGUUCUGACAGGGGAUUCUAUUCUGAUCCAUCUUCACCACUGGACAUCAGCACCACAGCUAGUCACCCUGGCAGCACGUGGAAUGAACUACGGGGCCGAGCACGAUCAUCAGAUCUGUUGGCCGAGAUUGGAAUAAGCCAUUCAAACCCUAGGCACCAUGUAGAGGAGGUGCAAUAUGGAAUAAAGCCAAGAUCAGCUCUAGUGAGAGAAAUGACUGUGUCUUCUUCAAAUUCUGUUGUACAGGGUCCAAUAAGCAAUAAAUAUGGUUCAGGUUCAGCUCCUAUGCAGGAUUGGUAUAGGGGGCGGUCUAACCAAACUCCUUUCUUGUCCAUCUCAAACCAUAAUGUUUACUCAGGUCCCAAUAGCAACAUGGGCCAGAGAAGUUACACUAGUUCUGUGAGCAACAGGGAAAACAACUAUUUUCAUUCCGAUAUUAGGACAUCAUGGGAACGACUUGGCAGCAUUAAUACAGGCAGACACCAGUAUAACCCACCCAGCUGGCAGUCAACACGGAUAUCACGUCGAAGCUCGUCUGAAGAUCGGGGCUACACUGCCAUGCCCCCCAAGUACAGGAGUUACUCUCAGGAUAGACUUGAGGAGACUUCAUUACACAAACACUGGCCUCACAGUGCUUCCCAAGACACUUUACUUGCACCUAUGGAUGAGCCGUGGAAUUACAGGACUCGUUCGGAAGAUUAUUUGGGAAAAUGCGAUCGAUCUUUGGAGAAUUUAACACAUAAUGCCUUUACAACAGGUGGCGACAGGUUUGUAUGGACACAUUCAAAGUCUGGUACAGCAAGCUUUUCUAAGUCUGGUGGGCAGGAACAUAUUUUUUGGCAGCAUAGACCGGCAGGUUAUUCUUCAGGAAAUCAUGGUCAGAAGAAUUCAUGUCAUCAGAACUCUAGCAAUAGAAGUACAUAUUAUACUAACCCAAACUCCAGAGUAUCUGUACCUUCUCAACAGCAGUGCAGAAAUGAAGCAACUCACUCUCAUUCUAUGAAGAGAGCUGAUAAUGCACGUGUAGGGCAACAGACUGCCAAUGUUCCUCAAAGUAAAGUAUCUCAUCUUUCGGAUAGGUCAGUGUUUGUUUCUGGUUUGACUGCCAGCGAGCCCAAGGCUGAACAUUGUGCCCCUGGCCAAGUCAAAAGAAUUGAUGUGCCCGUUGUCCGAGACCAAAGACUGACCAAUCAUGAUCGGCAGGGUGGCUUAUACCCAAAGCAGACCUCUGGUAAGGAGACAGUCUUUCAACAGGACAUUAAGCCAUUUCCUAGUAUAAAGUCUGGAGUCUCCCAAAUUUCCAAAUGUGAGGUUCCUUUGGGGAUUGUACAAAAGGAUCAAGAAAUGCCACAAGCAAGCAAAGCCGCCCACUUGAGGCAGAAACCUCCCAGUGGCCGCAGAGUGCCGCACCCUCUCAGACACCCAGCUUGUAUAGAUGUACUGGAAACAACACCCGUAAUUUCACCACCAGAUUACGUAUCAGAAAGUGCAUCUUCGGAACAGACAAGUGUGAGACUGCAAGGGACAACUGCAAAGUCUCCAGAAGACUCAUUGGCUUCAAUUCCAUAUAUCGAUGAGCCGACAAGUCCAAGUAUUGACCUGGUGGCAGGUCACAUUCCUGCCUCGGCUGUUGUUUCCAGUGGCCAGACCUCAGCGCCAACUAUCGUUACAAGUCCUGCUUCUCCGACCUUCACCUAUCCUGUCAUUCACCCACGACACUACUCUCAGGACUGCAGCAGCAUUAAAGCCAGUCGACGGUCGUCUUACCUUCUUGCCAUAACAACAGAGAGGUCAAAGUCUUGUGAUGAAGGAUUGAAUACAUAUCAUGACGAGGCAAAAGUAUAUUCGAAAUUGCCAAUCCGAGUUCCCAGUCUGAAGAUGCUGAGAAACUUUUUCACAGAAGGGUCCUUAGAAAACUUGGACACCUCUGAAAGCAACAGAUCUAAACGUCAUUCUACAUCUGAUCUCUGUGAUGUGACCUUCAGUGAUGUCAGGAAAGAGGGUUGGUUAUACUUUCGGCAGCUUGUCACUGAGAAGGGAAAGAAGGUUGUGAGCAGCAUUCGGUCUUGGAAAAGGGUGUAUGCCCUCCUGCGAUCGCAUUCCCUCUAUUUGUACAAGGACAAAAGGGACGCAGUGACCUACGUUUCUUCACCGGCUGAGGAUGAGCAGCCCAUUUGUGUUAAAGCCUGUUUGAUUGAUAUUUCAUACAGUGACACUAAAAGGAAGAAUGUGUUCAGGCUGACUACUUCAGAUUUCUGUGAAUACCUGUUUCAGGCUGAGGAUAGAGAUGAUAUGUUGAACUGGAUUAAAAUUAUCCAAGAGAACAGUAAAACAGAGGGAGAGGACACAAGUGCCAGAUUGAUAGAAGUCAAAUUAAAGGAAUACAGGAACCAGAGCCCUGCAAAUAAUAAGUCCGAUUCUUCUCCGAAAGGAUCACGUCACCAUGGCAUCCGACGACCGCGAUCUCCCAAACAAGAUAAUACAAACAAAGAUGAAUGUAGCCCUCCUAAAGACAAGACCUCGUGGUUGAACAUAAUGAAGAAGACUAAAAAAAAUGUUUCUGGAGCAGCUUUUGGUGUUCGUCUAGAGGAAUGCCAGCCUGGUGUAACUAACAAGUUUAUUCCAUUGAUUGUGGAAAUAUGUUGUAAGCUGGUGGAGGAGAAGGGAUUGGAGUACACAGGAAUCUACAGGGUACCAGGGAACAAUGCCAUGGUCUCCAGCCUACAGGAGCAACUGAAUAAGGGAAUGACUGAUCUAAAUACCUCAGAUGAAAAAUGGCAGGACCUGAACGUGAUCAGUAGUUUGCUUAAACUGUUCUUUCGAAAGCUUCCUCAGCCUCUCUUCACAGAUGACAAGUAUAAUGAUUUCAUUGAAGCCAACAGACUGGAAGAUUCAGCAAAGAGACUUCAAACAUUUAAGAAACUGCUUUGGAAUUUGCCAGAGUAUUAUUUUGAAACACUGAAGUUCCUUACGGGCCAUCUGAAGACUGUGGCAGAUCACUCCGAAAAGAACAAGAUGGAACCGCGGAACUUGGCUUUGGUGUUUGGCCCAACCCUUGUCAGGACGUCAGAGGACAAAAUGAUUGACAUGGUGACGCACAUGCAAGAUCGGUACAAAAUAAUUGAAACCUUAAUACAACACUAUGACUGGUUUUUCAAUGAAGAUGGAGACAUGGAUGAGAAGGCCCCAGUUGACCAUGGAAGUAAUACAGAAUUACAACCAGUACCAAACAUAGACCAUCUCCUCUCAAACAUUGGGAGAACGGGAGGAGCACCAGGGGAUAUCUCAGAUUCGACCACAAGUGAUUCAGCAAAGUCCAAGGGAUCAUGGGGAUCUAGGAAGGAGCUCUACAACAGGGAGCUUGUGAUGUCAAUCUUUGCAGCUGCCAACCGUAAGAGGAAGAAAAAAGAGGCGAAAAUGCUUGAAAGCAGCACAGAUGAUGAUUCCGAACACGAACCUAUUAAGGCUAUUAACAAAGAGAGAUUAUUAGACAAGAAGGGAAUGGACAGAAAGAGGGAUGUAGCAGGAGAGAAAGAGAGGGAGCUGGAUAAUAGCAGGAAGAGAGAGGUGGAGCCAAUUGCUAGUAAAGAAAUUCGGAAGAAAGUAGGAGAAUCUAAUUAUUCCACCCAGCACUGCAAUCAAAUAUCUCCAUGGGAGAGUGAGGAAGCUAAACUGGACUCUUCAUGUAAACCACACAUCAGCCCAUCUUCAGUUGGUACCGAUCGUUCCUUAAAAGAAGGAGUCACCCUCAAACUUCUCAAUUCAGACGGAAGAAGAAAAUGCACAGGUCAUGAAACAGCUAUCCCUGGUCCUCAGUGUUACAACAACAACGAACAGUUUCCCAAAAGCCUCAAGCUGAAGAUGUGGCGUACACCUGAAAUGGAGCACAAGGAGCUGAUCGCCACUGAUGCCAGCUCAAUUGUUUCAGGCUAUUCCACCAUUUCGUCCAUAGCAACAACCCUAGAUCAUAACAUCUGUCCUGAAGUGCAGUCCAUUGCUGAGAGCAGGGGCGACGAAGCUGACGAUGAAAGAAGUGAGCUCAUCAGUGAGUGUGGAGGUCAGAUCGAAACAGACAAUGAAAGUGGCUACCUCACACGCACGCUGCCAGGCAAAGCUUCGAACUCACAGCAGACUUCAGGAAGAUUUUCUCGCCGUGAGUCAGACAGUAAUACAAGCUCUGACAAAGAAGGGAUUGCAACACAGAAAUUAAGCAAUAUGCCGUCUUUUAAUUCCCACAGGUUAAUUCAGUGCGAUACCUUGGCUAGAAAGAAAUUGACCAAACCUAAAGGUGCAAAUGAACUUAGCGCAAAGAUCAAAGAAGAUGAAGAGACUUCAUUGGUUGCAAAUCUGUAUCAUGAUUCAAAUCAACCCAAUUCCACCAAGACACACGAUUUCCUCAAGACUGAUUCAAACAAGGAGGAUCCAACCAAAGUUUCAAAACGAAUACUGACUGAUCAAACAAAAGCUAGGCUGAAAACCUCAGCAGAUGAUAUGUUUGGAGUAGGGCUAAGGAAACAGAACUCCCCGGAGACCCGGAGAAAGAAGAACAUUAGAAGGAGACACACGGUAGUGGUACAGAAUGAUUUAUCAGAGUUUCACUUCAGAGAAUGGAAAGAAGAACAGCUAGGAUUGAACAAAGACUGUAGCCAUCGAGGGGGAAAGCCUUCUAACAUGAGCCAACUAAAGCAGAAAGUUGAUUCCUGGGAGACUUCUGAUCCGGGGGAAAGCAUGCAGCCAGAUAUAGAACCUAAACCCAAGGCAAUAUUCAGACCAGAUGAUCUAGAUGCACAGUAUUGUCCCAGUCAUCGGAGUGGAAAUUUGCAAUCUGAACAGCCAGCAUCCAGUAAUAAGACUUUGAGUAGCAAUGCAAGUUCAGAGCUUUGUCAGCCGGCCUUGUCAUCUUCACCAUCAGCUAGCUCGACAUCAGGUCCGCUUAGAGACAGUGACUCGAAUACUAAGUCCACAAGCGUAAAGCCUCAAAGACAUUCGACCUCAUCUCGAUUUCAUCAAUACCUUUGAUGGAAAUUGAUUAGUGCUAAAACUUUCAGCAGCUGGGCCAAUGGUGAGGGUUUACUUCUCCCCUAGUAACAGGCGGAAAACAGCUGAUUGUUGGGGACAUCAAAAAGCUCUCUUUUCUUUAGAGAUGUUUAAUGAUAGAAUCCGGCAGUCCCAGAAGCAUUGACUGUAUUUUUAAAGUUAUUUUCUAUCAAUCUUCCUUCACUUAACCAUUUUAUAGAAAACUGAAAGGCUCUGCUGUUCUGUAUUUUUUUGGGAUGCACACACAUUUCAGCAAGAUGGAUUUUUUAAAGAAAAAAAGCAGGUAAUCGUAGGGAAAUAAUAUUUGAAAUAAUGUCGUAUUCAUUACCAAAACCACCUAAACCUUGCUGUCUGUGCAGGCAUGAAUGAUGUCCCAUCGGAGUAGCCAAAUUGGCGGGCAGUGGUCUUUUAGACAACUAAAUAAUUUCUCUGUAAAUUCCAGUGGCUUUGUGUAUGAGAUGUCCUGGUGAAAUAUCCCAAGAAAUAUAGCUGAUUGGGGUUUUUAUUUAUUUAAAAUGGUGUUUUCCAGAAAGAAAACUAAAAUCAGUACCUGCUUCAAAGAUAUCCGAAUCAGUAUCUGAAUGACACCAACUGUCAUAACAUUGUUUUAGUGAAGAGUCUGUCCCCUAGACACUGAUCAUUAGAAUAUUGUUCUCAUGAAGGGUCAGGUCCCCAGCUGACUUUCUCUUUACAGUUGUUGUAUAUGUUCAUGAUAGGGGGUUGUUAACAGUACGGGGCUGGUCAAAGUGGGUGUGGGCUAAAGAGAGUGAUAUCAAGUUAGGCACUCGGGAGUGUAGCUGCAGAAUUCAAAGGGCUUUGCUGGCUACUAAUAUACUGCUGCUAGUUUUGAACUUGCUUUGCUAACCAUCCAUGUUUUGGUGCAGUUCAAGUUCAAGUUAUCGUCAUUCAACCAUACUGCCAAAUGAAACAACAUCCCUCCGGACCAAGGUACACAGCACAGUACCUACUGUAUAACUCACACAUAACACAUAAAGUAAUAUUACCACAAGUAACUUAAUAAAUAAUAAAUUAUAUUCCAGAAGAGUGACAGUUAACAUAAGGUGCAUUUACGAUACAAGUUAAACAGUAAACGAUAAUGGUGCUCUUAUGUGAUGAGACCUGGGUGGUGGCAGGGAGUUCAGUAGUCUCACAGCCUGGGGAAGAAGCUGUUUCUCAUCCUAAUAGUCCCUGUCCUAAUGAUAUGGUACCUCCUGCCUGAUGAUAGGAGGGCAAAAAGAUUGUGGGAUGGAUUGUGGAACCAGUUUAACCUUGAUUAGCUGGGCGUCCACACCACAACUUGAAUAACUUUCUUAUCCUGUUUUCACAAAGGGCAUGUUUCAGCUAUCCAAGAGGAAGGGAAUGAUUUGGUGAUAGACAGGGCACUUAAACCCAGAUGUAUUUAGGAAGUUAUUUAAAAUACUAUGUACAUAUUGAUAGGUACUGAAGCAUUGCUUUUCACUGACCCACAGCAGCACCGUGUUGGCUCGUGAACCUUCAUUACUUUGACCUCCAUUUCCUCAUUAAUUUGAGUUCCUCACUAACUAAGGUAAUUAAGAUGUGACACAUAGGGAGCAAACUCAAUGCCAUUUUAGUAGAGUUUUAUUUUUAAGUGAAUUUCAUCUUUGUUUUUAAAAUAUAUUUAAAAUUUUCACCCUUUCCUUCCUCGAAUUUUAUCUAUGUUAAGCUCCCCCCCCCCAUUCCUUAAAUACGAGUGAGCACAGGUGAUUUGCUUGUUAGCUCAAUGUGAACAGUUGUUAUGAGGGACAAGAAGAGGUACGGGUAGUUUUGUGGUAUUAGAAAUGAAUCUGGAUUGCAGAUCCACUGUGCUCUAAGCCUCCUGUGAUGGCACGAGUUCAUUUCAAUUCAUGCCAUGUCCACAUGGUCCUGAUUUUGAGAGAUUUCUGAUUGAAAGAGUAAGUCAGAAAUAAAAUCCUUCUCUGACAGGCCUCAAUCUUUUUAACAGAAAUUAAUCUCUCCAAAGCUAUUAGUGGUCAAUUAACAUACCAUGUGACUGUCAUCUGUGGGCACCUCUGCAGCCCUUGAUUUCAAUGUCUUAAAGUGAAAGACAAUAGAUUGCAGGGAGUGAAGCGCAUGGGUUGCAAAUACAGUUGAUUCCGGUUAAUUGGGACACAUCGGCCCCAGUGCAUUUUGGCCUAAUUAAGCGGCUGCUCCAAUUAACCAAAGUUUCAUGGAAAUGCUGUAGUAAAAAGGCAUAAAAAAUACAAACUAAAGUUUAACUGAGUAACAAAUUAUGUAUUUAAAUGGAAUACAGAACAAAUUAGAACACUAUCAAUACUACUACAGUUCUAUAAAACUGUGUAUUAGAUCCUAAUAGUUAUUGAUGGAGGAAUUCAUCCAGCGUACACUGCUGUGUUCUUUUGAUUGACUGUAAAUGAACAAAAUCAAUGGAGACACCUGGUGUAGAUAAUGGACUGCCUUCAUACAAUACUAUCGAUGACUACAUCCUCUAAAUCUUCAGUUUCAUUGUAACAUUCAAGAUGAUUAUCAAUACCUUCAAAUUCUAAGUGGUUCCUAACAUGUUGAAGUAGUGAAAUUGUUUAAUUUUCAUUCCCAGCCAUUUCUGGCAUCUCCAAGCGUGAAUGCUUGAAACUGCAGUGAGCAAAACAGUUCUGAAUUGUCUUACUGGCUAUGUCUCGCCAGCUAUCAGUGACAAAAAUCACAUGCAACUGAUGCUAUUUAAAAACUGUUCACCCUAAGCCCGGUGUAGUGUCUAAUAACCACACAAGUGGAUGUGACUGACUAGUUAGAAACUGUUCGGCAGCAGUCUCCUGUCCCAAUUAAAUGGCAUAGUGUCCAAAAUAAAAGAACAAAAUCCCAGCUAUUUUCCCAAUUAGUUUUUGUUCUUUAGUAGUUGCCCAUAUAAAUGGCUGCCCCGAUUAAAAUGACAGUGCAGUUAACCAGAUUCCGCAGUAUCCUGGCCGGAGUGCCACAGCUUGUCUGGAACUGAAGCAGAAAUGCUGACUGUGCGUUUAUAUGCUGACUUUGUUGCACUUCAACAACUUCACAAUGGUGAAUCAGGAGUAGUUUGGAGGAAAUUCUCACCCCAUCAUGUCAGAAAUGAGUAAGUUAAAGUCAAAAACACUGCAGAUAAAUUAAACACAAAAUUCUGGAAAUACUCAGCUAGUCUGAUGCAACCAGUAUUUUGGAGAUCAGUUUCCAGACGGUUGAAGGCUUCCUUCAACCUGUGGAAUAUGCUGUGACUUGCUAGUAUUUAUCAAAUGUAGUUUGUUGGCAUAUUAGUCUGCAUUAAAUGUUUACUACAGGAUUAACUAAAUUAUCUAGGUGAUUAAAGAUUUCUACCUAAUCAUGAGCAAGUUUUGUUCAAUGCAUAUUAGUUUUAUGCUAUUUAACAACAGAUUUAAUUUUAAUUAUUAAGAAAUCCGUUUGUAAAUAGGAUAAAUCUAUAUUGUUUCUUUAAUAAAGUAUCUAUGCUAUACUACAACUAAUGCACUAAUCACCAAAGUAUUUAUAUUUUAUACUUAUUAACAAAAAACCCAAACUAACAAGUUAAGAUUUGCUUUAUUUAAUUAAAAUACCAAUCUUAGGGGCACUGGUCUCUGUGUCAAAGUAUUUUGUUAACCCAUUUUAUUGAUGAGGGGUGAGUCAUGAGAAUUGUAUACCAUUUUUAUCCAGGCAGAAUUAUGACCCUAAAAUGUGCUGAUGAUUUUAAUUGACUAGCACAGUGGUAUGAAUACAUUUUUUAAAUUGUUGCCAGACAAAUUUUUUCUUUGAUGAUGAUGCUUGAACAUGGAUUUUUAAAGGCUUCAUCUUCAAAAUGCAAAAUGAAGUGGAAUUUAAUCACAGUGAGAGAUAUUAUGGUAGCAGUUAGGUCUCCAAUAUGGAAAGGGGCACAAUAGUUUUACACACUUCAAGCUAUGCUGCAUCCAGUUUGUAUUGCCACACCAAAUAAAUCAGUACAAGUCCUUUCUACAGUUGUUCAGUUAGCUAAGGAAAUGCAAAAUGUCCCACUUGAGCCUCAACUUUGUUGGGUUAACUGAUUUCAACUAAGCCAUGAUUCUUGGCUAACUUCGGCUCACAAGAUGCUGAGAUACAUUUUAGGAUGCACUGGGACAAGUCAGUGAUGUAACCUGCAGUCAUCAGGUGUUUUGGGUCUUUCAGCAUCAGACCCCCUUGACCAGGUGACUCAACCAGGGUUGUUCAGGCCCUGGUUUGUGUCCCAGCAGCAUUGGUCCAUGGGUCACAUCUCUGGAUCCAUGGCUAUCAGCAGCCUCUGUGACAACCCUGAUGGCUCUUCUGUUCGCAGCCCCCGUAAUGCCAAGGAGAGAGUAGUUUCAGCACAGUGAGCAGCCAGCAAAACCUAAUUUCUCAGUAGCAAAGCUGACAGUGAUAGUUGACAGAGUCUGGAGCCGUCUAUUGACAUCUUCUUUGGCUAUUGCCUCAUUGACUGGUAUCUGGUAUCCCUGGAAUAAUCUAAACCUAUGGGAGAGAGUUGAUUUUCUUUACAAAGUGAGGUGGACAGUAAAAGGAUAGUUGAGGAUGUGAAGUGUGAAGCUGAGAAAUUUUAUGUCAAUAUGGAAAGAUUAAAAAUCAUCUUAGGACAUUUUAUUUACUCAGUUUCUUUUCCAUUCACUCCCAUGUCUGUGCACUAUUCUUCCAGAUAGAAUAGAUACCUGAUCAUUUCUACUCUGAAACCAGUUGUGACUUAGUUUCCUUGUGCUUUUAAAAUUGAAGUCGUCCUGUGACCCCUUUUAGAUAAUACAAAGAAUCCAAAUCAGAAUCAGGUUUAAUAUCACUGGCUUAUGACAUGAAAUUUGUUGUUAUGCGGCAGCAGUACAAUGCAAUACAUUAUAACAAAAACCAUAAAUGACAGUAAGAAGUACUGUAUAUACAUAUAUAUUUAAAAAGUUAAACAAAUAGUGCAAAAAGAGAAAAAAAAGUAGUGAGGUAUUGGGUCCAUUGCCCAUUUAGGAAUCUGGUGGCUGAGGGGGAAGAAGCUAUUCCUGAAUCAUUGAGUGUGUGCAUUCAGGCUCCUGUACCUCCUUUCCUGAUGGUAGCAAUGAGUAGAGGGCAUGUCUUGGGUGAUGGGAGUCCUUAAUAAAGGAUGCCACCUUUUUGAGGCAUCACUCCUUGAAGAUGUCCCAGAUGCUGGGGAGGCUAGUGUCCACAGUGGAGCUUAACUGAGUUCACAACUUUCUGUAGUGUAAUUUUGAUCCUGUGCCUUGCCCCCUCCCCCAUAUCAGUUAGAAUGCUCUCCAUAGUAUAUCUGUAGAAAUUUACGAGUAAAUUUGGUGACAUACCAAAUCUCCUCAAACUCCUCAUGAAAUAUAGCCACUGUUGUGCCUUCUUUGUAACUGCAUCGAUAUGCUAGGCCCAGGAUAGUCCCUCAGAGGCGUUGACACAGGUGUUGAAAGGGAUUUCUGUUGCCCUGAAUUAUCGCUCUACUGAUUAAUGAGGGAUACUUGGGCUUGGGUUCUGGCUCAUUGUCUCAGGUUCUCAAGUAAACGUUUACUACCAUCUCAACAAGCUGAUGGGAGAAGACCUUAGUGUUCUGCUUCAGGAUUUGUCCAUCACUAAUCAACGUGGCCGAUUAGGAAAAGGGGAGGUGCAACGAGACCUGGGUGUCAUUAUACACUAGUCUUUGAAAGUGGGCAUGCAGGUACAGCAGGCGGUGAAAAAGGCGAACGGUAUGCUGGCAUUUAUAGCGAGAGGAUUCGAGUACAGGAGCAGGGAGGUACUACUGCAGUUGUACAAGGCCUUGGUGAGACCACACCUGGAGUAUUGUGUGCAGUUUUGGUCCCCUAAUCUGAGGAAAGACAUCUUUGCCAUAGAGGGAGUACAAAGAAGGUUCACCAGAUUGAUUCCUGGGAUGGCAGGUCUUUCAUAUGAAGAAAGACUGGAUGAACUGGGUUUGUACUCGUUGGAAUUUAGAAGAUUGAGGGGGGAUCUGAUUGAAACGUAUAAGAUCCUAAAGGGAUUGGACAGGCUAGAUGCA